UUUGUGCAGUCAUUUUCUGUACUGGUCAUAUGAAUUCAGUAGUGUAUCACCGCGUAUAACACGUUUUCCAACUCCCAAAUUCUCAUCUACCGAGUCAGUCGAAAUUCCAUCUCCGAAGAGGUCUUCGAGUGCAAUAUCUGAGAGUAGCGUUACUUUUAGGAAUUUUUCAGUGAUGCAGCACAGCUUGGAAAAAGUAGGAUUGGUGGGGACUUUGUGAAACGCAAAAGCGGAAAGAAAUUGAACUCGAGCCUGGUUUGGUGUCCGCUCUUCAAUGUGUGGUUCAGAGUUUAGCCGAGCAGGAUCGUCAAUGUAUUCGAUAACUUCAAGUAUGGGAAAAUGUUGAUUUUUUUCGUUGGAUCUUCCAUUUUAUGCCAAAAUGCUGAAGCGUUGAAAUAGAGGAUGUGUGAGGUUGAAUGCGAGAACGGCUAAAGAAAGCUAGUUGGAGAAAUGAAGGAGCAUUGACAGUUUUCUAUCUAGCGAAAAAUAAAGAUUUGAAUGGGGAGAACAAAAUUCCAGAAGGAAUAUCUUGUUAAUCAUAAAUUCGCAAGUUAUCUUCUAAUUAUGAUGCACAAACGGUUUUCUCACAAUCUAUUCUUACUUCUGAUAUGUCAAAGAAAUUGUCUGUUCUUUUUUUGCUGCAAAAUUUUCUUGCUAUUGUUUUUUCGUCUUCUCAAUCCAUUUGCUGUAUUGAAAAAGUUUGUUCUCUGUGCUUGAAUUUUGUGCAUCUUGCCGAUGGUUUCUCGGUGAUGGACACUUCAUCAUUGCCCUUCCUGCUCAUGUGGUCCCUUGUAGGAUGCCUUCUCUUGGCUGUCCUAGCCACAUACUUGGCAAACCUGUGACUCAGACUUGGAUUCCCUGGCGGCUGGGUUACCAUUUCAGCGAGUUGACUUGGUGACUUGGCUGAGUUAGGUCAUAAAUUUUUAUAAUACAUUUUUACCAUAAAUAGAUGAAGAAGAUAAGUCUUUUGGGAUUUUCUGUUUAAUUUUCUCCUCAGCUAAAAUUAAAUGACAUUAUGAGUGUAUGUGUAUAUAUUUAGUAAAGUUAGACUAGUUAGUGGUUGGAUAUCUAACAUGGCAAUGACUUGGGGAGAAGACAGCAUAAGUGUGCACUUAUUCUCUGCUCUCUUUUUAUUAGCAAGUUGAUGAGAGUGAAAAAAAAAUGCAAGUUUACACCAUGACAAAAACUACUUUAAGACCAUCAUAUAUUAAUAUAAUAUUCACAAUUCACAAAAUAACAAACUUCAAUUUUCAACAAUUCAAUACAAUAAAAGAACUUAUAAUUAGUGAUGGACGACCCUAGCUGACUCAGGCAAUUUGCAAGUUGAAUCAGCAAGUUUGCCAACUAUCAAGAAAGGAAGAAUGCUCCUAAGUCUGAAAUGGGAAAAACUAGAUGCAAAUUAACAUAUGCUGAACUUAUAGAGUCUAUUUGGGUUACGAUGCAAAAUUUAAUGGAUUACACUGCUUUUCCAUGGAAGUUGUAAUUCAAUUAUUGAGGUCCUUUAGGUUUAUUUGAUUUUUUUUUUCUAAUCAACUAUGUAUUCUUCAAUCAAUGCAUCUGAUGCAUUCCAUUAUUCAUGCCAUUCUUUUACGGCUUGUGCAAUUCACUCAAACAAAUCAAGUUGAAGGAAAAGAAAUAAGUUAUUGUCAUGUCGUCUGUUCACUUCAACUUUUCUGUCAACUUAUUCCUCAUUAUUCUCAGCACGUAAGUCAAUGGCUGGUUGAUUAAUGCUAACUUCUCUUUGAACUGUUGCAUCUUCUCUUUCUACUGAUACUAGACUCUAGAUAAUACCAACUUGUUCAUGUCUUUGGUGCGACUUUGUCUUAUUGCAUGUGCAGUAUCUUUCAUUUUUUUCCUUUGCUAUUCAGGAUUGCGAGAUCCUGACAAUGUUCCCCUUUAUUAAGAAAGAAAAUGGAAGAAAGGAUUCUUCAGCCAAAGAGAGUUUGGGGUCCGGAUACCUCAUGUUGGGUGAUACAUCUGGUUUUUCAGCCAUUCCCAUUGAUUCCAACUUUUAUUACUAAUGGUGCUAGUUUUGCCAUGUCUUGGAAUUGAUUUCAGGGUUUCAGGAUGGCCAACAUCCUAAUUAGUUUGUCUUCUGAAUUCAGAAAUCAUAUCCAACUACAGAGGUGGCUAAGAAGAUGAUUGGUGAGGAGACGGAUGAUGUACCUUGGAACUAUUGACAGGAGAAGUGGUGGCUGCCACUGUAAACGCAUCCGGUGGCAAGUGGAAGCACCGCGGCAUGUAGUUGCAUGGAAGUGCAACUGUUCUGACUGUUUUAUGCGGGGUAACAUUCACUUCAUUGUUCCACAGUCGAAGUUCAAGCUGAUUGGGGAGUCGUGUGAACAGUGGCUGACUACUUACACCUUUGGUAGCCAUACAGCAAAGCACACAUUCUGUAAGAUCUGUGGAAUCACUUCAUUUUAUAUUCCAAGGUCAAAUCCAGACGGCAUUGCUGUAACAGUCAACUGUGUUGAUCCAGGCACACUGACCCAUGUUGAGAUCAGGCAUUUUGACGGUAGGAACUGGGAUGCCUCAUAUGAACAGACAUCCAUAAGUUCAUUCUCGACGUUGAAAUGAAAAUCUGUUCAUUAAUGUCUUCAUAGCUACUGUUAUCAAAGCAUAAGCUUGGGUGUCAAUUCAGCUUGGACUGCAUCAGGUGAAUUUUGUAAACCCUCAAGUUAUCUGGUUACUUGUCCUGUGUGAGUGACUAAUAGAUAAACAAAAUUCAGUACUUUUGAACCUUUUUCAGGUAUUGUAUUGUGUAUAGGAAUAAAUGGCUUCUCAAACGGCUCGAGAAACCGUAGUCUAGUAUAAGAUCUGUUACAACUCUUUCUCUCUC